UCAUUCAUUUGAAUCAUUAUGAGCCUUUAUUUUACAAAUCAUAUAGAUGAAUGCUAAAGUGGGGCUGAACUAGGAAGCAGCUUACAUUUACUGUGUGCGGAGGAAGACAGCAAGAUCUCGAGAGUACGACUAGAGAACAAACCAUCCAUCGGGUCUAUACGUUUUGGAAGGAGUUGAUCAAAGGUUCAAACUACAUUCAUCAAAUCCGAAAAUCUGAUCCCAAUUUUAAGACUAUAGAGAGGCCAGGGAGCAAUGGAGAUUCAACAUUUCAGCCACCAUCAUCCCUUGACGUUAGUCCUCUUCAACGAAGUGGAAUAUAAUCGCUGUAAAAUAUGUUGGGAAAAAUUAGCAACCGAUUCUGAUCAUUACGGAUGCAAAGAGUGCGGUUUCUACAUACAUAAAUCAUGUGCUGAAUUUCCCCAUGAGUUGCAGCACCCCUCACAUCCCAAACAUCUUCUUCUCCUCGAACUAAAUGAUUUGGAACCAUGCGCUAAUUGCAACUCCUAUAUGUUCGAGUUUAAAUAUAAGUGUCCUCAUUGUCACGAGUCGUUAUAUCUUUGUCCUGAAUGUGCAUUUCUACCACUCACCAAAAAAGCUGAAAAUCAUGACCACCCAUUGAACCUUAUGCAGAAAUUAUUGCCGUUCACGUGUGAUUAUUGUUUGAAGAAAGGCAAUAGCAUGCCUUACUUUUGUUCCACCUGUUCGUAUAUGAUCCACUCAAAAUGUACAUCUUUACCAUUGAUUAUACAAUCAUCAACCAUACAAGUUGAAAUUCACAACCAUCCAUUGACCCUUGUGCAAAGAUUUCUGAUCUCCCUCACUUGCGAUGCUUGUGGGAAUAAAAUCGAGAACACAUUUUACUUUUGUGCCACUUGUUCAUUUGUUGCCCACCUCAGUUGUGCCCAUUCACCAUCAAUCGUCAAAGUAAUAAGGCACAAGCAUACUCUCAAUCUCACCUACUCUCUUCCAGCUGACCAAUCCAAAUGUAGAGUACUGUGCCAUAUAUGUGAUAAGACGGUCGACACGAACUACUGGCUCUACAGUUGCUCAAGCCACGAUUUUGUUGCUCACCUUCAUUGUGCUACAAGGGAAGAAGAAAGAGACAAAAAGUUUGUGCCGAACUCUAAAGAAGAUCACCGUGAUAAAUCUAUUGACUUAUUACCAUAUAUUGUCAAAAAGACCAAAUCAGAAGGAGACGGAACUGAAAUACAUACAGAAAUCAAGCAUUUGAGUCACGAGCAUGACUUAAAACUCACCGAUGAGCUUUGAGACAAAAAGCACAAUGAACAGCGACAACGACAAGGGCAGCUCUUGCUCUACAGGGGAUUUGAACCUUUGCCCCAUCUGCCUCGGUCGACCCAUCGUUCAAGAUUCCUACCUUGAUAAAUGUUUUCGUAUGUUUCUUAUCUCUUUUCUCUGUGUGUUCGGUUGCCGAGAUAGUGAAUUAGGAAAUAA